AGCGGGGAGCAGCUUUAGUGAGAAGUGAGAGUGACAGGAAGACAGGCGGACCAUGAGCGGAGCUGAGAGGGAGACACGGCAGAGGAGAGGGCAGUAGAUGGAGAUAGAAAGUUCCCAAGCAGUAAAACUGUAAUUUACAAGCAGUUGAAGGGCAAGUGUAACUUAGGCUGUGAAAGGUGCUAAUAUAGAGAAAGAAAACAAAGCAUUUCUAAUUUAUUAUUUUAUUCGGGGUAUGGUAGCAAAGCGCACAUGGAUUUAGUCGACCUGUACCUCCCUGAGUGUUUCAGCUACCACUCUGACACAGAGCAUCCAGGCAGAAUGUCAGUGAGGGGCUUGGACCCCGUCUGUCCCACCUCAAUAAAACGGGAGCCCUCCAGCCCCAGCCCCAGCUCUCAGGGCGAUGUCAGCCCAGCUCAGCCCAGUCCAGGUAGCUCCUCAUCGGAUACAAACUCCAGUUAUGGUCCCCUCACCAAGGGCCUCAAUCACAACAAUGGGCUGGACUCGAGCCUCUGUGGUCACACAGCUAGCUUGGCCAAUAAUGGUGGAACCACCAGGAGGUUUGGGGACGACGAGGGCCAAGUGAAGUGUGAGUUCAUGCUGGGCACUGUGGCAAAGCGGGUGUGUCUGGUGUGCGGUGACGUAGCCUCUGGCUAUCAUUAUGGUGUGGCUUCAUGUGAGGCUUGCAAGGCCUUUUUCAAGAGGACCAUCCAGGGUAACAUCGAAUACAGCUGCCCAGCUUCCAACGAAUGUGAAAUCACCAAGAGAAGGAGAAAAUCCUGCCAAGCCUGUCGAUUUGUGAAGUGUCUGGCAGUGGGCAUGUUGAGAGAAGGUGUGCGCCUGGACCGGGUUCGAGGAGGCAGGCAGAAGUACAAGAGGAGAAUAGAUGCUGAGAACAGCCCCUAUCUGCACCCACAGAACAACUUGCCACAGAAAAAAACAUUUUUUGUAGGUGCAGUGGAAAACAAGGUGGUAUCCCUGCUGCUAGUAGCCGAGCCGGAGAGCAUCUUCGCCAUGCCGGACCCCACGGUACCCGAGAGCGACAUCAAGGCUCUGACCACGCUGUGCGACCUGGCAGACAGAGAGCUGGUGGUCAACAUCGGCUGGGCCAAACAUAUCCCUGGCUUCCCCACCCUCUCCUUAGCUGACCAGAUGAGUCUCCUGCAAAGCGGAUGGAUGGAGAUCCUGAUCCUUCGGGUGGUGUUUCGCUCGCUGGUCAUGGAGGACAAACUGGUUUAUGCCGAGGACUACAUUAUGGACGAGGAGCAAUCCAAACUGGCUGGGCUGUUUGAUCUGAACAAUGCAAUCCUGCAGCUGGUAAAGAAGUACAAAAGCAUGGGUCUGGAAAAGGAGGAGUUUGUGCUCCUCAAGGCCAUCGCUCUCGCAAAUUCAGACUCCAUGCAAAUCGAGGACUCUGAGGCAGUUCAGAGACUUCAAGACGUCCUUCAUGGGGCCCUGCAGGACCAUGAGGCCACGCACCACCCUGAGGACUGUCGGCGUGCCGGAAAGCUGAUCAUGACCCUCCCUCUUCUCCGUCAGACGGCCGCUCGCGCUGUCCAGCAUUUCUGCAGCAUCAAACAGGACGGCCGCGUGCCGAUGCACAAACUCUUCCUCGAGCUCCUCGAGGCCAAAGCUUGAUCAGAAACAGAGCUGUCCGCUGCUUUGUGAGAAGAAGCGAGGCAUAUUGGUAAAUAGUGGGUUCGCGACUCUGUGUAUUCGUCCAUUUUAGCUCGCUUCCUAAUUAAUAUUCUUUUCUUUUUUGGAGACACAGCCCUCCUGUUUCCUAUAAAAAAACAGUGAAAUUGGUUCAAGUGUGCUAACCCGUUGACUUAUGGGACAGAUGGCUUAAAAGCAGAAGAAUCGCGCCUUCUUCAGAUAUUUACAAUUAUAUGCCAAACCUUAUUUCUUUAAAAUCAUUUUAAGAAACACUUGAUACUUGAAGAUCCUUCUGGAUUAUUUUGCUCAUCUUGAAGCCUGUAUAAUCUGCAUCCUAGUGGUUUAGAGAACAUUAAUGAUAAGAUUUUUUUUGUUGUUGUUGUAAUGGUAGUUAUAUACUGUUAGUCUUGCCAAAGAGUAAAGACUCUUUAUUAUUGAGUUAUACCAGCAGAUGUCCAUGAUAUUUUGAUGUGGCCUAUGAAAUGUUCAUAAAACCCUGCUCCCUUGCUUUAUUGUAUAGCAAAAGCAUCUAUCUCCCUUCAUGCACAGGUGAAGGAGGGGAUUGUUGUUAUUAUUAUUAUUACUAGCAUUAAUAUUUUACCAGGCAUUUUCAGGGAAAGAGUACUUUAUCUUCACGAUGCAACAGUACUACAGCAAAGUAAUAUUUAUUUAUUUGUGGCUCUGUUCUGUUUCUUUUAUUUACAAAUGGGCUGUUGCAGCAAGAGGAUAAUUUUUUAAGAUUUUUAACUAAUAUUAUUGUGAGAUCAUUUUUUUACUAGCUUCUCUGCUGCAGCACAGAUAACUGACACCAUAUCAUGAUAUUACCAUUGAAGUGCAUAAUAUCAUAGAGUUGUGCAGAACAGUAAUAUGACUUCAUGUAAAACAAACAAACAAAAAAAAGGCUGCCAUAAUGUAUAGUUCACUUCAAAAGUUUACACGCUGUGUUAACUUCGGACCUUUAAUGAUUCAUAUGAACUGUUUUUAUUGAACUUGGUUGAUAUUUUUUAAUUAUUUAAAAUCUGGAAGAAUUUUUAAUUUAUGGAGGACUUUCUCUCAUCCAUAAAGACCUAAUUAUAUGCAUACCCUCUAACAACUAAGACUUUGCUAAAUGUUUCUUAGGAAAUCGCACCUCGGCCACAGUUUGUGUAGCCUGCGUCAACAUAAGCAUAGUCCAUACAUUUUCAACUAGGGCGAGAAAAGGAACAUUACAGAGGCUUCAUAUUAACCCGCUUUAUUGCUUCUAAAACCAGUUUAAAUGUGUGGGGACAUCCAACUGUGUCCAAGUUUCAACCAUCUAGCUGUUGGUUUGUGGUGAAGUUGGUUCACCUAUGACAUUGUCCCGUUUACUGUACGAGUACAAAUGACUACAAAACAUUUCCACAGCAUGGCACCACAGCCACCAUGCUUUACAGAUGUUCUUAGAUUUAAAAGCCUUACCUUGACUCAUCCAAACAAACCUUUUGUCACUGACCAAAUAGUGUAAAAUGUGUCUCAAAUGAUUGUCCAGGGAGAAGAAGAGGAAUUUUGACUGUAUAUUUGGUGUUGAUUUGGUAGAGGAUUCUUCUUUUUCUAAAUACUCAUUCAGUCCAUGUUGAUGUUAAACUGGCUUCACUAGAUAGUGAUGCUAAUGUUUAGCAAUCUUCCAGUUUAAUCCUGGUUUCUUUAAUCUAAAUACAGCUGGGUAUUCUAACAAGUCAAUGAUUCCAAUGGGAGAUGGGGGGGAAACAACAGGCUAACGCCAUGUUAUGAAUUUGCAUGUAAGCAUAAUUUUGUACCUCUAUGGAUCAGAGAAAAUGUACAAUUAACACAAACUUGCAUGUGCACAUUUUGUGUUUUCAAAAAAUGCCCUGGGCAAGAAAAAAAAAAAAAAGGAACAGUUCACAUGCAUCUUUAAAGGACCAAACUUACAGUCAUGCACCUGAAACGUUUCUGUAAACUUCUGACCAGAACUGUAGAUCUGUAAUUAGGGAAGCAAGUUGAUGUCUUUUCUAUAGUAGAAGUCUGUGUGUAGGAUCAAACGUGUGCACUGAUUUCAUUUUAGCCAUAAUGUUUGGGGAACCUGGUGGUGGCACUCUGUUAAUCUGCUAGCGUGUGUUUGUUGUGUGAAGAGUCUCUGAAAUUUGUCUCCCGCCACACAUCUCGAAGGAGGAGUGUGUGGUGGGGAGGAUGGUGAGGGGGCGAACCUUUCAGAUUUAGGGUCAAACGGCACCAAUAUGGUCGGUUUUAAAUGUUUGUCAUGUAAGAUUUGCUGUAUGUACAUCAUGUCUUAUGCCAACAGCGGGGUUUUACAGAUGUGAGCGGAUUCUUCUCUCCCCUGCAGGAGCUGAGCAGUGCUGUUUCAUUCUCAGGUGGAUUCUUGGGCAAUAAAGACGA